UCGAUGUCCGGAAGUGUUCAUCGUUGCAAGCAUCAUACCACCUCGCGUUCGCUUUCCCUUGAAGAUUAGCACGCUCUUGUCGCCUUUGGCUGGAAAACUGCAGUCUGGAAUGGAUUUAAAAGCACCAGGUCUGUCUUUUUGACUGCAUUCAAGGGUAUAUCCGAACACUCUCGCUCCGUGGUAUCUCCUACCUCCUUGACCGCUGCGCAAAACUCUGUGGGUCACGUGACCGCAAGUCGCACCUUGAUCGGCGGAUAUGCUCAAUAUGGGACAUGCUGGAUUCUAUGGAAUCUUUCGCUGGCUUCUCGAUGGCAGCUCUGUCCCGACGUACCAUUGCCGGCUGGCCAAGUCAGCCAACUGUGGUAUGGGGUCAUUCGGCCGUGCGUCUUGCGCAUGCGAGCCGUAUCACUUCACCGGCCUCGACUCAUCUCGGACUACCUCCCCAGCACAAAUUCACUUGCUAUGAAAGCUAGGUGUCUCAGUCGCAGCCUUCCACCGUUACUCCGGUCCUCGCCAGCAGGCCCCCUUGCGUGUGGAUGAGGCGGCCUGCUCGCUCCCCUUCUCCACGCUCUAGAAGGCCGGACGCUUUCCGGCCAGGCCAAUAGCACACAAGGAGAUAGCAAUCUCAUGAUAAUGCCAAACAGCUGAAUCAAUUCCGGCCUCAGAAUACAUAAGCUCUUCGCGGCCCCAGAUCUCACUUUCUUCUCUUCUUUCACCUUCCAAUUCGCAGUUAACUCCGCCGACUUCUUUGUCUCGGCCAAUUCUGCCAAGCUCCCUUGCACCUCGUUCCCAUUGCACCACACAAACAUCAUCCAUCAUGAGUCCUUACCUUAGCAACACCGCCGACCAAGAAAAGGUCAGAAUGUCGGAUACGCGUGCUGUGUUUCCCCAUAUUCACGAUGAUCCGGCCGCACUGCCAUCUUCCCUUGAUCCAUUCACCAUUACCACGCAAAAUGGCUUUCUGCCACUUCAAACACCACAAAUUGAGCUACCCUCGGUCUUCGCUCCUCUGCAGAAGCUUUGCGAUGACAUGCCAAUUCAAAAGCUAGAUGGCACCCCUGGCCUUCUUGCCACCUGCCAGCUCGGUCCUACCAUUGACGAGCAGAAGGCUUUGCCUGAUCUCAACCAUGAGAUUGACAACCUCAUCGCCGCUGAUGGCGAGCCUGACAUGGCGGCUGUCUCUGCUGCGUUCAGAGACUAUUCAUUCCUCGCCUCGGCUUACUUGCUCGAGCCGUGUUGGGAGCAAUGGCAAAAGGAUGGUACCUAUGGCCUGGGAAGACCAGUCCUCCCACGGGAGAUUGCCGGGCCACUUGUCAAGUGUGCUAAAAUGCUUGAUGUUCCUGCUUUCCUUGCAUACGCCGCUGGAUAUGCUCUCUUCAACUACCGCUUCGCCGAUGCCUCCAUUGGUGCCUCUGAGUACAGCAACCUUCGCCUUAUUCGUGCCUUUGAGAAUGGACUGGAUGCUUCAUCUUCUGAAGCUGGUUUCAUCUUGACACACGUCGACAUGGUCAAGCAUACUGGACCGCUCGUGCAAGGUGCCGUACAGCUGCUUGACUCCGUGGCGGCAGAUACCGGUGUCACGCCUGUAGUGGAUGCUUUCGAGCAUCUCCUCAGCACCAUGCGUGUCAUUGAAGACUCCAUGGAGGGCAUGUGGAAUCAGAGCAAACCAAAAGAUUACAACCGCUACAGGACUUUCAUCUUUGGCAUCACUAACCAGCCUUUCUUCCCCAAUGGUGUCAUCUACGACGGCUACGCCGACAACCAACCACAAUACUUCCGUGGCGAGUCCGGUGCCAACGACGCCAUCAUUCCCCUCCUGGACAGCCUCCUUCAGAUCCCCAUGCCUCAGAAUCCGCUCACAGAAAUCUUGAAAGACUUUCGCGGCUACCGACCCAAGCCUCACCGAGACUUCCUCGCUUACGUCCGCUCCCGAUCCGAGGAACUCGCCGUCAAAGACUACUGUCUCCAAGACCUCCAGACCAAAAUUCUCUACCUCAGACUCCUCGAGCACGUCCGCAGCUUCCGAUGGCGACACUGGCUGUUCGCCCGAGAGUACAUCAUGAAAAGGACACCGCACCCGACUGCCACAGGAGGCUCUCCCAUCGUCACGUGGUUACCCAACCAGCUCUUCGCCGUCAUGGAGUUGAUGCGAAAGGUGUGGGAGAGCGUGAGUGCGAGUGAGAAGGCCGAGCAAGGGAAAGUGGUCAAUGAGAUGAUGGAGAAUGUGUAUGAGAGUUAUGAGAAGCUCGACAAGGAAGUCGAGAGAUGGUGCCAGGAUCGUGGUUGGGAUCGAAAGAAAAUUGACGUGCAUCCUUCCAAGUAAACAAGGGAGAGAUCGAAAUCCUAAAGUCAGAAAAGGAUGCAUGAGUGCUUCUGGGAAGAAAAGAAGGAAAGUGGAAGCGAGGAUACGUGUGUGUAUCGCUUGGCUUCUUGUCAUCUUUUUCUCUCUCUGGUACACAUAGUCAAAGCAGGGAGGAGGCAGCUGUAUCAAUGUUUAAUAGCGGGAUAUAUCAUGUCCUCAGGCUUGCCUGUCGGUGGCACGGAAUGUUGACCAAUCUCGCCGGUGG